UACCGCUUGGUUCCGGGCCGGAAACAUAUUAGGAAACGAGUCCACGAGAGCCCAUGGCCCGCUUAAAAGAAGCCCACGGAGGAGAACUCGGUCCAAAUCCGACCUCGACGGCAGGCGCGGCAGCAGGAAAGGAAUCAUCAUGGCGGGCGGCGAUUCUUCUUCUUCUUCUCCCAGGGCGGCGGUUGUCGCGAACGCCGAUGACGAGCCGCCGCCGCCGUGGGAGAAACAGAAGCCGCCGCCGCAGCCGGCGGCGGAGGAGGAGGAGGAUGUGGACCCGCGGUUCAACGAGUACGACCCCAAGACGGGAGAAAUCAUCAACAUCCGCUUCUUUAACUCCAGGCUCGACCUCGACGAGGAGUCAUCUUUUGGUCCUAUGCGACAUACUGACAAGGUAUUCGAAGAUGGCUUCCGGUUGAAAAACACGGUUAAUGUUGUCUCUGUCCAGAUUGUGUCCUCUGACUAUGGCUACCCGCUCAAUGUCUAUGGUUCGAUCCUAGCCAGGGACAGUUUGGACCGCAAAUGUGUUUAUGUAUUCCAGCGUGGCCAAGACAAUUGCCAGUUCAUCAGCUCAAAGGAUGAUUUGUUGACUCUGACAGGCCCAAAGAGAGGAUUCAUGGUAUGUGACGAUAUAUUCUUCGAGAUCAAUCUUAAAGUUAAGGAUGCACAAGGGAGGAAGGUCGAUGAUGAAAGGCUCAGUAAAGGCUUGAUUGAGGUAGAUGCGAUCCGCAGGCUGUCAUUUCAACCCAGAUACAAGGUUGAAACUGAAACGCUUGUCAGCAUGAAUAGCAUACUGGACCUAAACUACACGUUCUUAAGGCGAACGGUGGAGGGCACCGUCGAGAUCAGGAUCCUCGAGGGGCCUGCUGAUUUCCACGGGAGGGUCACCGCUUGCACUUCAAGCAUUCCAUGCAACAUUGUGCUGCAUGACAGAAAAGUGAGUGGCGUGCUGACUGCAGGUGAUGAUGGAGUCGUGCAAACAGCGCGGCGCGUCGUAGGAGUGUCAGUGGAUGAGAUGCUGUUGUUGACUGUUUCUGCUGCUGCUGCUGCUGCUGAUGAUGAUGAUGAGUUCUCUGCUCGCACUACCGUUGAGUUCACUCCGAGGCGCAAUGGUUACGGCAUUGAGAAAAUCGUGUGCGGUGACCAUAGGAUGUCACUGAAAGUCACUUGGUCGAUUGUGUAUUUCUGAUGUAAAUUCCUGAUAAGAGUACUACUGCUAAUUCUCGGUUGAUAAAAGGUGUGCUCCUAAGAGACGUCUAACAUAUGUGCAUGUGUCAGAGUGUAUUCCAUGUAGUCUGAGUGUCUGUCGACCCUCCUAGUUUAUUUAAGCUAUUUAGUGAGCAUGAACUGUUUAUGGGUACGUUCAUGAGAUUUAAGAAAGAGAUGCAGGAGGAAGUCUAUGUGAAGCAGUCACCCGGUUUUGUCGUCACUGGAAAAGAAGGAAAGGUUAUGCGGCUGCACAAGGCCCUCUAUGGCAUAAGGCAGGCGCCACGAGCAUGGAACGCAAAGAUUGACUGCACGCUCAAGGAAAUUGGAUUCAAACAGAGCGAGCAUGAGCACGCGAACUAACUGGUGCAACAUUGGGGAUGCAACUCUGCUCUACAGGCUAAUUCCUGGAUGAGAUCCUUUUGAUGUAACCAAGCAUUCAAGCUCAAAGGCCAUAUGUAUGAUACAUGUAUGGAAUGUAAGAUGUGUUGAAGCUC